AUGCAGUCGUUCCUGGGCAGUUUGAAUUACUACAGCCGAUUAAUCGAAGACUAUGCGAUCUAUGCCUCGGUACUCUACGAACUACGUGAAGUAGAGAAACGAUCGGAUCUGAGGGAGAUCAUGGACUGGAACGACCCGAUUCCUCGGGAUCUCGGCCCACCGGAACUGAAGUUGACGGGACCAGUGGACGAGAGGUGGAUCAGGGCACAUAGGGCCUUCAUCGCCUUCAAAACCAAGAUCGCGACUACCCCAAUCCUCCGCCAUUUCGACGAGACGAGAACGCUGGUAGUUAUCGUGUAUGCCAUCGAUUGGGCGAUAUCCGCCUCGUUGACGCAAGAACACGACGGGAUCUAUCAUCCGGUGGCGUUUGCCAGUCGCACCUUGAAGACGAACGAGUUGAAUUACAAUGUGACUGAGAAGGAGGUGUUGGCUGUUGGCAUUGCUGCGGAUCUUGGAUCUUUAUUACGAUUUGCUAGUAGGACGCGAGAUAACGAGGCAUUCCACUUGGCCUGGCUGUUCAAGUCGACGGGAUUGCAGGGUCGCCUAGGACGAUGGUCCGCCCUCCUGGCCCCGUGGACGCUCGAGAUCACGAAAUGCAUGAAGGUGCAUGUCAAGAGAGACUGGAACGGAGGUGCCGACAGUCUAGCGAGUGUCGCUUUGCAACGACAAGGCGGGAUCGAGGUCCAUAAGAUGCCGGGGCACCAGGAUCUGGUUACUCUGAACCGAUCGCCGGCGGGUGUCAUGCAAGAGGAUCUGAUCCGGGAGAUCCGGGUCGAUUGGAUUAAGCAGGCCCAGGAGGUUGAAGUCUGGAUCGCCGGUAUGAAGAAGUAUCUGAGUGGCUCGAUCGCAGAUCUCACACAAGCGGAAGCAAGGUCGUAUGGCAAGAUCGCGGCCGACUACGAGGAGGACAUCAGGGAGUGGGACGUACCUACCAGCGGAUCAGGAGAUCACUUCCACUGGAGUGGAUUAUACCGGAGUGUCCAGAGGUAUGUGGUGGACUGUGAAACAGGAAAAGGAAAACCGGUGAUCCGGGGUGGAUCACCGGGGAACUUACAGGCGACGUACCCGUUCCAGAUUAUUGCGAUGGAUCACAUAUCGUACCCGUUCCAGAUCAUUGCGAUGGAUCACAUACCGUCGCAACCCAGAUCACACAAGGGAAACACUGAGUUAUUGAUCUGGGUCGGUCUGUUCACAGGAUAUGUGAUCGCGAAAGCCAGCUCGUCCCGAUCGGCCCAGACGGUUGCGGAAUCGUACGAAGAGUGUGUAUUUCGGCGAUUUGGUGCCAGCGAGAUGAUCCGACAUGAUCGAGAACUCUUCCGGUCGUUUAAAAAGAUCCUGGGACAACGGCAGCGGGCGACGAUGGCUUAUCGGCCACAGGCCAACGGGACCGCAGAAAGAAUGGUACAAACGGCGACCAGGGUGCUCAAGAUGUAUGUUCGCGAUCUGGAUCAGAAAGAUUGGGACGAGUAUGCUGAGCGACUAUCCUUCGCGAUCAACACGGCUCAUGAUGGGAUCCGUGGAGAUACCCCUCACUAUUUGGUGCAUGGAUCGGGUGAAGGAUACGCGCGGAAAUUGGCUCACCUUUGGCAUGGUCCGUUCCGAGUCGCCGAAAAGAUCAACGAAUUCAGCGUCAAGCUCGAGAUCGCAAAUGAGGCGGAUCGGCUCGAUUUCGAUGAGAUCCUGCUUCCGGAGGACAGUUGGGUCCCGGAUCUCGGGGCCGAUGAGUACGAAGUCGAGCGGAUCUCUGAUGUGCGGAGUGGAAAGAAGACGCGAUUUGGUCGGAUCUACCGAGAAUUCCUGGUUCAUUGGGCGGGAUAUGCUAAGCCAACCUGA